UGCAUUGACGAAGAGUAAGCACUAAGCAGCAUUUUGACAUGUGGAAACGCUAACGCAUGGGGGAGGUUGAGCACGUGUAAGAAAUGCUUGUGGACACCUGCCUUUAGACUGUGGCUUAAAUGUUGAUCUCCUUCGAUUUUAGCAUGGAUUUGAGUCUCUUUGCUAUCUGUGGUCAAUGGAAUCGAUCUUAACGUUUUCGAUUAGCCUGAACAAAUUCGCAUCAAUGAAAACAUGAUGUGAUGUUAGUAAAUAAUUUGUGGUAGGUGGUGACAAAAAAUAGUAAUAACAAAAUAUGGAAGACAGUAAAAAAUGCGCCGAAAUUCAGGAUUUCGAGUUCUCUGACCAAAAAUUCUCCGAAGUGGAGAAUAACCAAGGAAAACGUGAAGCCAAUGAAAUAGAUAACCAUGACAUUAAGAGAUUCAAAAUCGAGCAAGACGUAAAAAUAGGAGAUUUAAAAGCCUAUGCUCAAUCUACAGCGUGUGGUAAUGAUUUUUCAGUGGAUGAGAAAAAAAAUAUUUGGUCGGACGCCGUAUCCAAAAAGAAAAUGCGGAAACUUCUCAAGAUACAGAAGUGGGAGGAAGUAAAAAAGGAGAGGAGGGCACAAGAGAGAGAACGUGCGAAAAGGAAAAGAAUGCUGGCAAGAUUAAAUAAUAUAAGUCUAGGACCAUCACGGAGCUUUCUGAAGAAAUGUACAAUGGCAAAUAGUAAAUGCAAAGUUCGUGUUGUCAUAGACCUGUCAUUUGAUGAUCUGAUGUCCGAUUCGGAUAUGAGCAAAUGUGUUAAACAAAUGCUGCAUUGCUACAGUUUAAACAGGAGAGCAGAAAAUCCUAUGCAACUGUACUUCACAAAUUUUAAUGGAAAAGUGGCGCAGGAAAUGGAAAAACACGAUGGCUAUAGAAACUGGGAUAUCUAUUUUCACAGUGACAGUUACACUGAAAUCUUUAAUAAGAGUGAACUAGUGUACCUUACAAGUGAAUCUGAUAACAUAAUUACUGAAUUGGAGGAUGAUAAAGUGUACAUAAUUGGUGGAUUGGUGGAUCACAAUGCUCACAAGGGUGUGUGUUACAGAGUGGCUGUGGACCAAAAUAUUAGCCAUGGACAACUUCCUAUUGAAGAGUUCUUGGAAAUGAAGACAAGGAAAGUACUGACAGUCGAUCACGUUUUUGAGAUCCUGCUAGGUGUUAGUAGUGGCAUGAGUUGGAAAGAAGCAUUUUUGAAAGUAUUACCUCCAAGAAAAGGUGCUAAAGAGAAAGAUAUUAGUGAGAUUAACGAUAUGCUCACAGAACCUGACAAAAAUGUUAAAACUGAAGAAGAAAAACAAACUGAUGUGAAAAUACCUACGGCCACAGAACCUGACAAAAAUAUUAAAACUGAAGGAGAAAACCAAACUGAUGUGAAAAUACCUCAUAAAACUGAAACUAUGGUCACAGAAGCUGACAAAAAUGUUAAAACUGAAGAAGAAAAACAAACUGAUGUGAAAAUACCUAUGGCCACAGAACCUCACAAAAAUAUUAAAACUGAAGGAGAAAACCAAACUGAUGUGAAAAUACCUCAUAAAACUGAAACUAUGGUCACAGAAGCUGACAAGAAUGUUAAAACUGAAGGAGAAAACCACACUGAUGUGAAAAUACCUCUUAAAAUUGAAACUUAUGGAGAAGACCAAGAAGAUGUGAGAAAAACUGACACAAAUUUUGAAAUAGAUGGAGAAAAACAAACAGAUGUGAAAAGACCUUGUGAAAAUGUUGAAAUGUAUGGAGAAGACAAACAGAUGGGAAAAAAAACUGACAAAAAUCUUGAAACAGAUGGAGAAAAGCAAGCAAAUGCAAAGUCUGACAGUGUUACUGUAGAAUAAAAUGUACGAUCAGAUAAAAAUCAGUGCAUCCAUUUCCUUUAUUGGAGAAGUAACUAAAAUGUGAACUGCAGAAGAAUUUAUGUAAAAUCAUGACUACUUUGUUUACAUUAUGUUAUUAGAAAAUUUCACCUAGUUUGAGCAUAUUGGCUGUGGAAUUUUGAAACAAUCAUAAUCUCUUAUAAUUUAGUGUUGCAAACAAAAGUAUUGGAUCAUAAUGGAUGAACUACUACAAUGUAUCAGAAUGUAAUGGAUGAACCACUUGUUCACAGUGAGCAAAGAAACUAAGAAAUGUGAUGCUUUAUAAGUGUGUGGAAAAAUCUAGACUGUAAUAUGACUGUUGUAAUAGAGAUGGAUCAAUGCUAACCAAUUAGGACAGACACUUACAUGCAGUCAUGCACACAGAUGAAAUCAUAAACUGCUGUGUUUUUGGACAAAGUCCUUCCUCAAAGCUAAAAAAAAAAAAAAAAAAAACACACACACACACACACACACACACACACACACACACACACACACACACAGAGAGAGAGAGAGAGAGAGAGAGAGAGAGAGAUAUCUGUGGUGGGGAUCUGAAAAGUGACAUUUUCCAAAUGUUUAGCAUUUUAAAGUAAUUUCUCUGCGCCUGACUGUUGCUUAGUCAGUUCCACUCUACUAUGUAAUGAGUAUUGAUCUAUUCUCAUACACGUACCCAUCUGUUGCACAUUGACCUCUUUUGUUUGCUAAGCAGUGAUCUAUUCUCAUAAACAGAAUGAGAAGGUGUUAUUUUUUGAGUGCUUCAGAAGGUUUGGAUGUGUAAUAUUACCCAUUCAUCUUGCUUUGUUCUGGGUUAUACAAUUUUUUUCUGUUACCAGUACUGUUGGAGUCCUUGCUACUCCUUACAAUUUUCUAGGUUACAAUCAUGUACUGCAAUGACUGUGACACUUACGGACAAGCAGUUUUAAAAUGUCCAGCUGCAAUCAAUAAUGUCAGCCUGUAACUAUGUCUCAGUUUUAUUAUAUAUGACUGUGGAUGGUAUGAUAUAUUACAUCUGCACAUUGUGUACAUACAUGAAAUAUUAAAAGCAUUUCUUAUGCAUUGUAUUGUGGCAGAAUUUUUUUAUGAGGUGAAAGAUUACAAAGCUUGUGUAUCCGAAUUUUUAGUUGCAGCUAAGCAUAUUUAGCAAUUAAAUAAAUGAAAGUAUAAUGACUGGUU